UGUUUAAAGAUAACGAUGACGUCAGUCGGACGCGACGGAAGUUGCACGUGAAACCUCAGUGGAUCGUUGGCGCAGGACCGAUUUGAGGCUGAUCGAUCAGAUCACAGAGAUGAAGAGUGAGGAGGAAGAGGAGAAGCAGAGGGAGACGAGACCAGAGGAGGAAGAGGAGGAGGAGGAGGAGGAGGAAGCAGCCACUCAGAGAGCUCCUGAUGAUGAGGAAGAGGAGGAGGAUGGUGGCGAGCCGAAGAAGAAGGGUGACAGGAAGUGUGUUCCAGGUAUCGUCUACCUGGGCCACAUUCCUCCGAGGUUCCGCCCCAAACACCUGAGGAACCUGCUGUCGGUCUACGGAGAGGUUGGGCGGAUUUUCCUGCAGCCAGAAGACCGCCAUGUGAGGAAGAGGAAGAAGAAGUCCGGAACGAGACGGUGUGACUUCACUGAAGGGUGGGUGGAGUUCAGAGACAAGCGAGUGGCAAAGCGAGUGGCGCUGUCGCUCCACAACACGCCGAUGGCCACCAAGAAGCGCCAGAGAUUCUUCUCUGACCUCUGGAACAUCAAGUACCUGCACAGGUUCCAGUGGACUCACCUGAGCGAGCGGCUGGCCUACGAACAGAUGGUGCUGCAGCAGAGACUCCGGACUGAAGUGUCUCAGGCCAAGAGGGAGACCAACUUCUACCUGAACAACGUGGAGAAGAGCGCCCGCCUGGACCAGCUGAGGAAGAAGAGGCAGAGAGACGGGCAGCAGGGGGAGGAUAAGACGUGGGACUUCACGCAGCGCCAGACAGAGGAGGAGAUCCAGAAAAAGAAGAAGAAAGACCCCGUUACCCAGAAGCGCCUGGAUAAAGCCCACCUCCUGCAGCUGGAGAGCCAAUCAAACGUCUCAUUGUUGGCUAAGAUUUUCAACUCCAACCAAUCAGAGUAAAGCUCAGAAACCUGUUUCUAUGGGGACAAUAAACACAGGAACAGACUUUAUUACUUCCUGUUCCCUAACCACACAUGAUGUCAGAACAGGAAGGGGCGGAGCUACCGCAUAGCUCCUCCUACUGACAAACAUCUGUUGACUCUUAAUUCUUUUGUAUAAAUAAAGUUGAACGGACUUUCA